CAUCACUCAAACUGUCCAUCUCUCUCCUCUGUGCUUUUCACACUCUCUCUCUCUUUCUCUGCAACUCUCUCUCACUCUCUCUCUCUCUCCCUCUCCCUACAAAGAUGCGUGAGAUUCUGCAUAUUCAAGGAGGCCAAUGCGGGAACCAGAUCGGAGCGAAGUUCUGGGAAGUGGUAUGUGCAGAGCACGGGAUCGACUACAGCGGCAAGUACAACGGUGACUCCGAUCUACAGCUCGAGCGAGUCAAUGUCUACUACAACGAAGCCAGCUGUGGCCGCUUCGUUCCCCGAGCCGUCCUCAUGGAUCUCGAACCGGGCACCAUGGACAGCGUCCGCUCCGGUCCCUACGGCCAGAUCUUUCGACCCGACAACUUCGUCUUCGGCCAGUCCGGCGCCGGCAACAAUUGGGCCAAAGGUCACUACACCGAGGGAGCCGAACUCAUCGACUCGGUUCUCGAUGUCGUUCGCAAAGAAGCAGAGAAUUGUGACUGUCUCCAAGGGUUUCAGGUGUGUCAUUCGUUGGGAGGAGGUACUGGAUCGGGGAUGGGGACACUAUUGAUAUCGAAGAUUAGGGAGGAGUAUCCGGAUCGGAUGAUGCUGACUUUCUCCGUGUUUCCGUCGCCGAAGGUGUCCGAUACGGUGGUUGAGCCUUACAACGCCACGCUCUCUGUGCAUCAGCUAGUUGAGAACGCCGAUGAGUGUAUGGUUUUGGACAACGAGGCUCUCUAUGAUAUUUGCUUCCGUACACUCAAGCUCACCACUCCCAGCUUUGGAGAUUUGAACCAUUUGAUUUCUGCCACCAUGAGUGGUGUCACCUGUUGCCUCCGGUUUCCUGGUCAGCUGAACUCUGAUCUCCGCAAGCUUGCAGUCAACCUCAUCCCAUUCCCAAGGCUCCACUUCUUCAUGGUUGGCUUUGCACCGCUCACAUCUCGUGGGUCUCAGCAAUACCGUGCCCUCACUGUUCCUGAACUCACCCAGCAGAUGUGGGAUGCCAAGAACAUGAUGUGUGCUGCUGAUCCUCGUCAUGGCCGCUACCUCACAGCAUCAGCCAUGUUCCGUGGCAAAAUGAGCACCAAGGAGGUCGACGAACAAAUGAUCACCGUUCAGAACAAGAACUCAUCGUAUUUCGUUGAGUGGAUCCCCAACAAUGUGAAAUCAACUGUUUGUGACAUCCCUCCAACCGGUCUGAAGAUGGCUUCGACAUUCAUUGGUAACUCAACCUCCAUCCAAGAAAUGUUCAGGAGAGUCAGUGAGCAGUUCACUGCUAUGUUCCGUAGGAAGGCUUUCUUGCAUUGGUACACUGGAGAGGGGAUGGACGAGAUGGAGUUCACGGAAGCUGAGAGCAACAUGAAUGAUUUGGUUUCCGAGUACCAGCAGUAUCAGGAUGCAACUGCGGAUGAGGAAGGGGAGUAUGAAGAAGAUGAGGAGGCCUAUCAUGAUGAACCCUAAGAGACAAAAGACUAGUGUCUGAAAUAUAAGCCUCUUUGGUCAGUGGAAUAUGUGAUUUUGUUGUGUAAUGUGUUCUAAUAUUAUGGGAUUGCUUUGUUUUUCAAUGUUGGAUCCCAGUCUCUAGUGGGUCUGCUGCUGUCUUUGCUUUAAGAUGUCAUUCUCACAAAUUAUUGGCUUAUGUUUUCUUGUUCUCAAGUACUAGUUUUCUAUGCUAAAAAUGGUCAUUGGCUGUUCUCUGUUUUUGUGUUACGAUUAGCUGAAUUUGAUUGCUUCUUUUUGUGAA